CUCGCCAAGCUCUUGAGUUUGUAGCUCGAAGGUACGUCUGCACCUAUAAUCCCAACCCGGGAUUGGGAGGUGCUCGCGGCAGGAGGAGUGUAAUGCGAGGCUGAACGCUUGGCGACCGGCGUUGUGCCCCUCAGAACUAGACGCCGGACGAGAGGGGCGCGCUCCAACUCUGCUCGCCGCGCGGCUGGUGGGGGUGGGGGCAUCCGUCCGCGGGGAGCUGCGGAAGAGCAGGCGCGCCGCGGACCCGAGGGAGGGCACGGCUUCAGCAUUGCCAUCAACUCUGAGCCCUUAAAGUCCUUCCUAGGGCAACACAGUCUCCCUCACGCCCCAAACCACCGAAGGCGGCGACACCUGAUCCAGCACACAAACACGGGUCCCUUCUGUCCUCGGAUACGAUUACGCGGCAGAGACACACUCAAACUCACGCGUAGCAGCCAAGAAACCAGCUAUGAAGUCUUACACUCUGUAUUUCAUGCUCCUGUGGAGUGCUUUCGGGAUAGCGAAGGCUGCCAAAAUCAUCAUCGUGCCGCCAAUUAUGUUCGAAAGCCAUAUGUACAUUUUCAAGACAUUAGCGUCGGCCUUGCACGAGAGAGGUCAUCACACGGUGUUCCUUCUCUCAGAAGGCAGAGAUAUCGCUCCAUCAAAUCAUUACAGCCUCCAGCGCUACCCAGGGAUCUUUAACAGUACCACCUCGGAUGCUUUCCUGCAGUCCAAAAUGCGAAAUAUUUUCUCUGGGAUAUUGACAGCAGUCGAACUAUUUGACAUACUGGAUCACUACACUAAGAACUGUGAUAUGAUGGUUGGCAACCAUGCCUUGAUUCAGGAUCUGAAAAAGGAAAAAUUUGACCUGCUGCUGGUAGACCCUAAUGACAUGUGUGGAUUUGUGAUAGCUCAUCUUUUGGGGGUUAAAUAUGCUGUAUUUUCAACUGGUCUUUGGUAUCCAGCUGAAGUAGGCGCUCCUGCUCCAUUAGCCUAUGUUCCAGAGUUUAACUCACUCCUCACAGACCACAUGAACUUGCUGCAAAGGAUGAAAAAUACCGGCGUUUACCUCAUUUCCAGACUAGGAGUCAGCUUUCUGGUUCUUCCCAAAUAUGAAAGGAUCAUGCAGAAGUAUAACCUGUUGCCGGAGAAGUCCAUGUAUGAUUUGGUUCAUGGGUCCAGCCUGUGGAUGCUGUGUACUGACGUAGCACUGGAAUUUCCAAGACCCACCUUGCCUAAUGUUGUAUAUGUAGGAGGAAUCCUAACCAAACCAGCCAGCCCACUACCAGAAGAUCUGCAAAGGUGGGUAGAUGGUGCUAAUGAACAUGGCUUUGUCCUGGUGUCUUUUGGAGCUGGUGUCAAAUAUUUGUCAGAAGAUAUUGCAAACAAACUGGCAGGAGCUUUGGGGAGAUUGCCUCAAAAAGUGAUUUGGAGGUUUUCUGGAACCAAACCAAAGAAUCUGGGAAACAACACUAAGCUCAUAGAAUGGUUACCACAAAAUGACCUACUUGGACACUCAAAUAUUAAAGCCUUCCUGAGCCAUGGUGGUUUGAACAGUAUUUUUGAGACUAUGUAUCAUGGUGUACCUGUAGUGGGAAUCCCACUCUUUGGAGACCAUUAUGAUACCAUGACCCGAGUACAAGCAAAAGGCAUGGGAAUAUUGCUAGAAUGGAAGACAGUUACUGAAGGAGAGCUGUAUGAAUCACUCGUGAAAGUUAUUAAUAACCCCAGCUACCGUCAGAGGGCCAAGAAGCUGUCAGAAAUUCACAAGGAUCAACCUGGUCACCCUGUCAAUCGGACUAUCUAUUGGAUAGAUUACAUACUUCGUCACAAUGGAGCCCAUCACCUACGUGCCGCUGUAUAUCAAAUCUCUUUCUGUCAGUAUUUUUUACUGGAUAUUGCCUUUGUACUUUUGCUUGGUGCUGCCAUGUUUUACUUCCUCUUGUCCUUGGUGACAAAAUUUAUCUACAGAAAAAUCAGAAGUCUCUGGUGUAGUAAUAAACAUAGCACAGUUAAUGGACAUUACCACAAUGGAAUCCUCAAUGGCAAGUACAAAAGAAAUGGCCAUAUUAAGCAUGAAAAGAAGGUAAAAUGAGCCAACAAGUCCAAGUGACAUGUAACAAAUCUGUUCAGUCAUAGAUUUUUUUAUCACCGUAAUUUAGUCUUAACAGCUACUAAAAGUAAUAUGUCAGUAAACAAUUCUAACACUCCCUUACCAGAUCUUACUAAUUAAAUUUUGUAGAAUUAAGACUGCUGUAAAAAGCACAAACCUAAAAUGCAAAAAUGUCUUUUAUCUAAGUACUGAUGCAAAGAGUUGUGGCACUGAACAUUUAAGAAGCCUUAAUUAUUUAAAACAAUUAAGUGACUGUGUUACACCUUAGUUUUAAAUCUUGAUAUGCGUGUGUCCCAGAUAAGGAUAGGUUUCUUUUGUCUUAAGAUUUAUGUGUGUGUAUGUCUGUGUGUGUGUGU